AUGCCUCUCUUCCGGCUGAAGACGGUUUUCCCGUUGAUCGCCCUGGUGUCGAUUGGCGUUUUCUUCUGGUGCAUGGAACGCUACGACCGGUCUGCGUUCCUCCGCUUCAAGCACCCCAUUGACCGCGCCAACUUGAGUGGCAGCCAGACACAAUUAGGUCCCUCUUCGCAGGGUUCGACACCCACGGUCAGCACCUGCGAGGUGGAUCCCAAGCUGGCUGCUCCUCUUCCCUUCUCCGAAUGGCUUCCCCGCAAGAACUACACUCGUGCCUACUUCCGCCCUCGCAUAGUCAGCCCCGACACCGAGUUCCACACUUUGGAGGAGGUUGAAAAGCCUGUGCUGCCCCCGAUGGUCGCGAUGGAGCGUGGAAUGGUUGUCUCUCCCGAGAACAACGAGGAGAACUUCGUCUGCCCCGAGAUCAUCAAUGUGGACGUGGCCGCUGAUGACGAUGUCGAGGAGACCUCCAAGCUCCUGUUCGGUCUGGCCACCACGGUCGACCGUCUAGACCGCCUACUCCCCUCGCUGCUCUACACCUACGGUAACACCAAGGCUGGUUUGAUCGUUCUGGUUCCCGAAUCCGAUGACGACCUGGAGAAGCAAGAGACCUACUUCCGCAACCGCGGUUUGGAUCUGACUCUCAAGGCCUCCCCGCUGGACUUCACUGCUCGUUACUUCGGUAUGGUUGAGGCUUUCUCAGAGCACAUCCGCAAAUUCCGCCCUCACACCACCUGGGUUGGAUUCAGCGAUGAUGAUACUUUCUUCCUGUCUCUGCCUACGAUCGCCAAGGAGCUGAAACUGUUUGAUGAGAAGAAGAAGCACUAUAUUGGGUCUCUGUCCGAGGCCAGCUGGCAGGUCGACACCUUCGGUCACAUCGCUUUCGGUGGUGCGGGUGUAUUCGUCUCAAAGCCACUGCUCGACGUGCUCAUGAAGUACUACGAUGAGUGCCAGUCCUGGGGUGAGCAGCCCGGUGACCAGAAGCUUGGCCAGUGCAUUCAGCGUUUCGGUGACACUCAACUGACUCUCUGGCCCUCGCUCUACCAAAUGGAUAUGACCGACCCGGUGGACGGUGUCUACGAGUCUGGUCGCAAGAUUGAGUCCAUGCACCACUGGAACUCGUGGUAUUCCAAGGACGUGGUGAAGAUGACGACUGUGGCUGCGGCCGCGGGCCGAAAGUCUGUGUUGCGCCGCUGGGUCUUCGACCAGGAGGAGACCAUCAACAACUCGACCGGCGAGUCGAUCCGCCACUUCUGGGUCCUGACCAACGGUUACUCCCUGGUCAAGUACACCUAUGGCGAAUCCGUGCCUGACGAUGUCAUCAACUUCGAUGCUGUCGAGAAGACGUGGCCCGAGGACCCUCGUGGUUUCGAGGAACGCCUCGGUCCUCUGCGUCCCGCCGAGGAUGAAGGUGUCACCAAGGACCGGUGGUUGCUGCACGAUGCGUAUGUUGUCGGUGACAACGUACACCAGUUCUACGUCCGCGAGGAAGACGAGGGUCACAGUGUGAUUGAGAUCGUCUGGCUCGGUCCCGAGGGCGGCGGUGGCGGCGGUAUCAGCGAUCACUACAUCCGUGGGACCUACCAGCAAUGA